AAUGGGAGAGCAAGCAAUUGAGAAAAAAAAACAAAGACAAAAACAAAAUAAACAAAAAGAAACAGAAAAAAUGAAACAACAACAACAAAAAUAAAACAGAGACAUAAAUAAAUAUAAUUAAGAGAAAGUUAAAAAAUUUAAAAAAACAAAAAAUGGCACAAGCACAGCCUGGGGAGAAGAUGCAAGAAGCCCCAAAAAUGGAGGUGAAGGACAGGCCGUUCAAAUUCAAUGCUCAGGCACCGGAAUUCGUGCCCAGAUCGCAGACCCAGAUGCCAAUUUCUGGUUAUUUCUAUCCCUGUUUCCAUUUGCUUGGUGGGUCUGGUACUGCUGCUCCUGAUUGGAUUUAUGUUGGAGACCACAAUCCCUCCCCCUUUUUCAUCUCCAACCCCACUUCGGCCCAGCCCAAUUGCUCCAAGAAUGUCCUUUCCGAUGAUCUUCAGAAUAAAAUCAUCAAGCAGGUGGAAUACCAGUUUAGUGACAUGAGUCUACUUGCAAAUGAAUCUUUGAUGAAACACAUAAGUAGAGACCCUGAAGGUUAUGUUCCUGUAUCCGUCAUUGCUUCUACAAAAAAGAUCAAAUCCCUUACUAAUAAUCACCAUAUAGUUGUCCAAGCACUCCGGUCCUCUUUAAAGCUUGUUGUAAGCGAUGAUGGGAAAAAGAUUAGGCGUAAGCACCCUUUCACUGAAAAAGACAAGGAGGAAUUGCAUUCUCGUACUGUUGUAGCUGAGAAUUUGCCUGAGGAUCACUCUCAUCAAAGCCUUGAAAGAAUAUUUAGUGCAGUUGGAAGUGUGAAGACAAUCCGAGUGUGCCAUCCUCAUGAAUCCAAUUCUUCCCGUUCUAAAGGUGAUUUCUUUAUCAGUAACAAGCUCCAUGCACUUGUUGAGUACCAGACAAUGGAGAUGGCUGACAAAGCGGUAGAGAAGUUAAAUGAUGAAAGAAAUUGGAGAAAAGGACUCCGUGUAAGGUUGCUGCUCAGAUGCUCGCCAAAAUCUGUCCUGAAGAACAGAAAAUCAGACUUUGAUGGAAUUUUAGAUGAUGAUGAUCCACCAGCUCCUGAUUCUCCUGAAGAUUCCUCUCAGCCAAACAACAUAGAUUUGGUGAUUGAGAGUAAUGCUGAAGAAAAUUCAGGCGGAUCAAAGAAAGGAUGGGCUCGAGGACGUGGUAAGGCGCGUGGACGCUCUCAGAACCAUAGCGGACGUGGACUGCUAGCCCCAACUCCUCAAUCAAACAGCAUUAUCCAGAGUGAAGCAACUGGAAAACAGAGUUCAAAAGGGCCAAGAAUGCCAGAUGGAACAAGGGGUUUCACAAUGGGAAGAGGCAAGCCACUAAGCACCCCAACCUUAGCCAAUCUUCCUAAGGAGUAAUGGGGUGUGGAGGUGGGUUCUGUUACUCGGUUUUUAGUUUGAGCUAGUUCACUAGUAAAAAUGGCUCUACCUUUCCCUGCAGGAUCAGGUGGGAAAUUGGGUUAGUAGCUGUAACUAAAUGAGUUCAAAUUCUAUUCAACAUUGAACAAUUUUUAUUGAUAAUAAUCUUGAGAUGUAUAUUAUAUAGACUACUCAAAAAUAAUGAAGGCUGGAGGUUACGUUUCUCUU